GUAGAUUGUAGGAUGAGAUGGAACUGUAAAACAGAAAACGCUAACCUCUGAAGUGCAUGGGUCGCCGGUGAAAAUAUUCUACGCAAUAUUGUCGAUAUAAUUCAAGGCGAAAUGCUAAAAGUAAUAAUUUUCAUACUGAUAUGUGGUUUUGCUGAUGUUCACUCCGACAUUCUCGAAGCAGUGAGCGAUGAGGAGCUCGUAGAUCUUAUAAAAACUGAGAAAUAUGUGGUCGUGCUUUUCACAACUUGGGAUUGCGAGAAGUGUGAGAACUAUGAAAAUUGGAUGAUCCAGUUGAAAGAAGAUCUCGUGAAGUCCAUGCAUGCAUUUGUUGUCAAAGCUAUUGACAGUCAACUGCUGAGGCUCUACAGUGUUGACAAAGAACCAAUGCUCGUAUACUUCAGACAUGGAUUACCUCUACUUUAUGAUGGUCCAGUAAAUGACGAAACACUUCCAGCUAUUGCUAUGUUAUUCACUGAAAAUAAGGAACCUGCAGUCAAAGAAUUGACAGAUGAGACGUUUGAACAUUUAACUCAAGCAAGUACGGGAGCUACAACCGGUGAUUGGUUUGUUAUGUUUUACAGUACAGAUUGCGUGGAUUGUGCGAGGAUGUUUGCAAGAUGGGAGACUGUGGGUGCAAGGCUUAAACAAAGACUCAAUGUAGCACGCGUUAAUAAGCAAACAACUGGAAUAUCUACAGCAAGGAGAUUUAAUAUUCAGGAAGUUCCCGAAUUCAUAUUCUUCAGACACGGUAAAAUGUAUCGUUAUAAGAUUCGAAAGUACGACAUUAACUCGUUUGUCUCGUUUGCCGAGAAAGGAUACAAAAACGUUGAAUCCGUUCCCGUACCACAAAGUUCAAUCGGCGAUCCCAUACAAAUGAUUAUAGAAUUUCUGCUCGAAAGCCCGUGGAUGAUGACGCUUAGCAGUAUAAGUACUCUUAUCGUGAUUAUUGUUUCGACAGUGAAAUAUCAACAGCGCAAAAAGUUGGCUGAGAAGAAGGCCUAAUUAAUCUCAUGUAUCAAAUACGUAUAUUACGGGUACUAUGCCAAGCUAUUAGCAUUCAUGAUUUUGUAUAAAGCACAAUUUAUUUUUGAGACGAUUAAAGAUUUUAGAUAAAUUUAA